AUGUCCCACGAGCAGCAGAGGCUGCAAAGGCCAAGGGCCGGCCCAGGACCUCGCAGCAGCAGGAGCAACACUGGCAGCAACAAGUGCACAAACAACAGCAAGAGCAGCAACAGAAGAGCACCCGCUGGCUUGGCUGCACUGUCACGUGCGAAUGGGGAUGGUGCCGUUUCUGGUGCUUUGGGGUCGACGCCCUCGUUGAAAUUACCGCAUGCACCAAGACGCAUAGCAGCAACGGCGACCCCCAAAGCCACAGCAAGGGCAACAGCAGCUGCAGGAACCGCCAAAGAAAGACCCUCAUCCUCCAAAGCGGCAGGUGUAGGGGGAUCAACCAUGGGGGCAUCGAAAAAAGAAAGAGUGGGGUGCUAUUCGCGUCUCUCCGCCGGUGGCGUGGGAAGCCACCCAAGUUCGAAGCCCUUGUCUCAGCUGCAUCGUGCGUCGGCCGAAGGAAUAGCCGUAGGAGCCUCAAGGGCAGCAACAAAGGCAGCAGCAAGAGUUGCUACAGGAACCUUCACGGGAAAGCCUUCAUCAGCCAAGCCAGCAGGUGCAAGAGAAAAAUUCGCCGGGGCAUUGGAAAAAGAAAGCGUAGGGUGUCAUUCGUGUCUCCCCUCUGGUGGCCCGAAGGGUCGCGUCCUUCUUGAGGCGCAGCGACAGCAGCGGCAGAAGGUGCCACUAGAUUCUCUUGCAUGUAAGGAGGACUGUUGUGGCAUCUGCGGUGCUCCAGUUUGUCGGGGUCAGUCCUUCGCCGCUGUUUCUCUGCCGCUGAGCCCCCGGUCCAAUGAACGUUACAGGCAGCUGCAGCUGCGGCAGCACCGGCUUCUAUCACAGACACCUGCAUCAACGAGGACAGAGUCAACCACAGCAACAACAAAGGCGAGAACACGAACAGCUCCGGGUGCUAUUGCUGAGGACCACGCAGCCAUUGUGCGUUGUCACAUCUCCUGCAUGCGCUGCAAUGCUUGCGGACUUCCCAUUGCUGCUGCUUCUGGAAGGCUUCUUUACGACCAUACAGCAGCACGUAUGGCGAUUGCGGCGGGCGCCCCUUGGAAUAAGGCCAUCGCCUCUGGGAUAUAUCACGCUGCAUGCAAAGAACGGAGGUGUACUGUGUGUGGAGAUGUGGUACAACCCUCUGAGCAGUACGUCACGUUAACAAAGCCUGAGGCGAAAACUAUAACAUCAAUGAAUAGGCAAACGACACCACAAACAACACUGAAGGGACAAGAAGCAGGAGCAGCUAAGGGCAAUGAACAAGACAGAAUUCAGCACGCACGGUGUACAAGCUGCAGCACCUGUGGGCAAACGCUGGAGGGCGGCGUUUUCGUCAUAGAUGGAUCGGGAGGGGUACAACACAGCAGCUGCUUUUGUUGCUGUUGCUGUCUCAAACCCCUUGUGGGGCGCUUUGAAUCGCAUGCAUUCUUCUCGUCUACGCAGCUGCUGCGGCAACAGCCCCUGGUGACGGCGUUGCAGGUUGAUGCUGCUGCCGCUGCUGCUGCGGAGCCCCACGUUGGUUCCACCGCAGCUCAUGGAGGCUGCUGCUGUUUGGACUGUAGCAAGAGAUACCCCAAGUGUCUCUGUUGUGACCGAAGAGCUGCGGUGUAUGUACACCCUGAUGGGGAGCGAAAAACUCUUCCCAGAGUUCUCAAUCCAGCAGGGGAAGCGGUGAUGCGCAAAUUUCGUUUGCCUUAUACGUCAUGCAGGCGACCGGCAACAGCUACAACUGCUGCUGCUGAUACCACUGCUGCAGCUGCGGUCUUGUGUGGUCGCUGCGCCUGCUUGCCGGCCGCCGAUACUGAUGAAACCGCAGCUGCAGCGGUACGACGCGCCUUGUUGGCCCUUGAGGAGGACGGAAUUCGUUUUUCAAGCUCAAUGAGGCGGUUACAGCAGCAGCUGCUUGAUUUCGAUAAGAUGCGCAACGAGGAACAACAUGAACGGCGGGCCGAAAAAAAUAUAGGGGCGAAGAGACCGGAUCCUAGUGCCAUCUCUGCAACUCCCGCUGCAGUGGCAAGACAGCCAAGAGUUACUUAUCUGUCUGACCUUCCACUCCCAGUGAUUCUCGAAGAUUUUGGGUUGUUAACUGGCGCUAGGGCUCGCUUCAGUCCUGUUGUUGGCCGCGGGGCGUCGCCUGGUGGCAAUGGCAGCUCUCACCUUUUUGGCAGCUGCGAAGUGCUUCAGCUAAAGGUUCGCCCUGCUCCUCUUUCUCUGGUUUUGCUUGCCGCAGAAGUCACAGGGGCUGCGUCGCUUCCUUCUCUGCAUCAGCAGCAGCAACUACAGUUGCUGCAGCGGCGGCAGCAUUCACUGCAGGUGAAGCCUCGGCAACAGCAGCAGGAGCGCGUGUGGGGCCCUCUUCGUGAGGCUCGACGUUUGAGCAAAAUGCUGAGCUCUAUUAAUUUCGGCAGCACUAGGCGACUAGACAGCAAAGAGCAGAGACAACAGCAGGAGCAGGUGCAUCACUUCCUUCAGCUCCGUUUUGCUAAAUGCAUUCGUCUCGUCAGAGGUCUCCCGGCUCUUCUUUUGCAGCAGCAUGGGGCACACGAGCUGCUGCAUGCUUUUAUCGCUAUAAAUCAGUUUAUUCCUGGUUCCAAACAAAUCGAGGAGGGCUGGUGCAACGUCGCAGCAGCGAGGGCUUUGGCUGCAGCCCUUAAAAGCCUUAACAGUGGCAGCAGCAGAAGCAGAAACAACAGUAGUAACAACUCGGCCAACAGCAGCAAGGCGACGACCAGGCUUUGCACUAGCAGCAGCACAAUGCAGCAAGAACAGCAGCUUGGGGAGGAGCUGCUGCGAUAUCAGCUGUGGAAGCUUGCGGUCUCUCCAGACGAAAUUUACGGAGUGGGCUAUCGCCACUGUUUGCGGCAAAUGUUGGGGGAGGGUUCUCUUGGCCGUAGCCUUUCAGGACUCCCCCGGUGUACCAGUAUUCUUACCUAG